AUCAUAUCGCGAUAGACACCAUCAGGCCACGGAGCUAACGCUGAGCAACAUGGCGGAAGAGGAGGUGGCCAAGCUGCAGAAGCACCUGGCCCUGCUCAGGCAGGAGUAUGUGAAGAUGCAGCAGAAGCUGGCCGACACAGAGAGGCGCUGUGCCGUGCUCGCUGCUCAGGCCUCUGGACAGGGCUCCUCCAGCCCCGCAGCUGCAGACACCUUCAUCAGCCGUCUGCUGGACAUCGUUUCCGACCUCUAUCAGCAGGAGCAGUACAGUGAUCUGAAGGUGAAAGUGGCAGGGGAACAGCUUAAUGCCCACAAGUUUGUGCUAGCUGCUCGCAGUGAUGUCUGGAGUCUGGCCAACCUGGCUUCCACCUCUGAACUGGACCUAACUGAUUGCAAACCUGAGGUUGCCAUGGCAAUGUUGCGCUGGGCUUACACAGAUGAGUUGGAACUCAGUGAGGACGAUGCCUUUCUUAUCGACCUAAUGAAGCUGGCCAACCGCUUCCAGCUCCAGCUGCUCAGAGAAAGGUGUGAAAAAGGAGUGAUGUCCUCGGUGAAUGUCAGGAACUGCAUUCGCUUCUACCAAACAGCUGAGGAGCUGAACGCCUCCACCCUCAUGAACUACUGCGGGGAGAUCAUAGCCAGUCACUGGGAUGAUCUAAGAAAAGAAGACUUCAGCACCAUGAGUGCCCAACUUCUGUACAAGAUGAUCAAAUCUAAAACAGAGUAUCCUCUCCACAAAGCCAUCAAGGUUGAGCGAGAAGAUGUGGUCUUUUUGUAUCUCAUUGAAAUGGACGCGCAGUUACCUGGCAAACUAAAUGAACUGGACAACAACGGCGACCUGGCACUCGACCUGGCCCUUUCCCGUAAAUUGGAGAGUAUCGCCACCACUCUGGUAAACAACAAAGCUGAUGUGGACAUGGUGGACCAGAGUGGCUGGAGCCUCCUACAUAAGGCCAUCCAAAGAGGUGACGAGUUUGCCUCCAUCUUCCUGAUUCGCCACUCUGCUCAGGUGAACGCGGCCACAGUGGGGGCAGUGGAAACCCCACUUCACUUGGUCUGUUCUUUCAGCCCCAAGAAACACUCGGUGGAGGUGAUGAGCGGCAUGGCACGGAUCGCAGAGGCCCUGCUCAAGACCGGAGCCAACCCCAACAUGCAGAACAGCAAGGGCAGAACUCCUUUGCAUGAAGCUGUGGCGUCGGGGAACGAGCCAGUGUUCAACCAGCUUCUACAGUGCAAACAACUUGAUCUGGAGCUAAAGGACCAUGAGGGCAGCACAGCUCUGUGGCUGGCACUGCAGUACAUCACCAUGUCUUCAGACACCUCAGUAAACCCAUUUGAGGAUGAUGCACCUGUAGUGAAUGGCACCUCGUUUGAUGAGAACAGCUUUGCAGCGCAGCUCAUCCAGAGAGGAAGCAAUCCAGAUGCACCUGACACUACCACAGAAAAUUGCCUCAUGCAGAGAGCAGCUCGGGCAGGUAAUGAGGCAGCGGCUCUGUUCCUGGCCACUCAUGGGGCAAAGGUCAACCACGUUAACAAAUGGGGUGAGAGCCCGCUUCAUACAGGGUGUCGCUGUGGCCUGGCAAGCCUGACAGCUGAGCUGCUCCAGCAAGGGGCCAACCCCAAUCUGCAAACCCAGAAGGCUCUCCCUGACGACAGCCCUGGUGUGGCUAUGCAGACCCCCCUCCACAUGGCCAUUGCUCACAACCACCCAGAUGUGGUCUCUGUCAUCCUGGAGCAAAAAGCCAAUGCACUUCAUGCCACCAACAACUUCCAGAUCAUUCCAGACUUCAGUCUCAAAGACUCAAUGGACCAGACAGUCCUGGGCUUGGCCCUCUGGACAGGUAUGCACACCAUAGCAGCUCAGCUGCUGGGCUCAGGGGCUUCUAUCAACGACACUAUGUCCAACGGACAAACCCUGCUUCACAUGGCCAUCCAAAGACAGGACAGCAAGAGUGCCCUCUUCCUUCUUGAACAUCAGGCAGACAUCAAUGUUAGGACUCAGGAGGGACAAACGGCACUGCAGCUGGCCAUCAGUAACCAGCUGCCACUGGUGGUGGAUGCCAUUUGCACAAGAGGAGCUGAUAUGUCUGUGGUGGAUGACAAAGGGGACCCUCCACUGUGGCUGGCUCUUGAGAAUGGCCUGGAAGAUAUUGCAUCUACACUGGUCCGCCAUGGCUGUGAUGCAACUUGUUGGAACAUAGGGCCCUCUGGCUGCCAGCAGACGCUCCUGCACAGAGCUGUGGAUGAGAAUAAUGAGGUUUCUGCCUGCUUCCUCAUCCGCAGUGGAUGUGACGUGAACAGCCCCAGGAAGCCUGGCCCGAAUGGGGAAGGAGAUGAAGAAGCCCGAGAUGGACAAACGCCUCUCCACCUGGCAAGCAGCUGGGGACUGGAGGAGGUGGUGCAGUGCCUUCUAGAGUUUGGAGCGAAUGUUAAUGCACAGGAUGCAGAGGGCAGAGCUCCCAUCCACGCUGCCAUUAGCAACCAGCACAACGUCAUUAUACAGCUACUCAUUUCACAUCCAGACAUUCGUCUCAACCUUCGCGACCGCCAAGGAAUGACCCCCUUCGCCUGUGCCAUGACGCACAAGAACAAUAAAGCAGCAGAGGCUAUCCUCAAGAGGGAGCCAGGUGCUGCUGAACAGGUGGACAACAAAGGGCGUAAUUUUCUCCACGUGGCUGUGCAAAAUUCAGACAUCGAAAGUGUCCUGUUUCUCAUCAGUGUCCAAGCUAACGUCAACUCCAGGGUUCAGGAUGCAGCCAAACUCACGCCUCUCCACCUGGCUGUCCAGGCUGGAUCUGAGAUCAUCGUCCGCAAUCUGCUGCUUGCCGGAGCCAAAGUAAAUGAGCUGACCAAACACAGGCAGACAGCACUACAUUUGGCUGCCCAGCAGGACCUGGCCACUAUUUGUUCUGUGCUGCUGGAGAACGGAGUCGAAUUUGCUGCUGAGGAUGAGAAUGGCAAUAAUGCUCUGCAUCUGGCUGUGAUGCAGGGCCGCCUUAACAAUGUCAGAACCCUUCUCACAGAGUCCAACAUUGAUGCUGAGGCCUUCAAUCUCAGGGGUCAGUCACCAAUGCAUGUGCUAGGCCAUUAUGGCAAAGAGAACGCCGCUGCCAUUUUUGAGCUGUUCCUGGAGUGUAUGCCUGAAUACCCUCUGGAUAAACCAGACAACGAAGGGAACACGGUUCUACUCCUGGCCUACAUGAAAGGAAAUGCAAACCUGUGCCGCGCCAUUGUGAGGGCUGGGGCUCGACUGGGCGUCAACAAUAAUCAGGGCAUCAACAUUUUCAACUACCAAGUUGCAACCAAACAGUUGCUCUUCCGCCUUCUAGAUAUGCUGUCCAAAGAGCCCCCUUGGUGUGAUGGAUCCAACUGCUAUGAAUGUGCUGCCAAGUUUGGUGUUACAACCCGGAAACAUCACUGCCGCCACUGUGGGCGCCUGUUGUGCCACAAGUGCUCUAUAAAGGAGAUACCCAUCAUCAAGUUUGACUUGAACAAGCCGGUGAGAGUGUGUGACAUCUGCUUUGAUGUACUAACUCUGGGCGGAGUGUCGUAAUACUGUGGCCUGGAUAUCUUCCACCCUCUGGCUCUGACCACGCCAGGCUCUACAUGGCACAGUUAUUCAGGCACACCAGGAGAAGGGACAUCAGUAGCAGGACAUACUAACAAGAGAUUCCCAGACAGUUAUGGACCAUCACCUUUAUACUAUUCCAGUCUAUGAAAAACUAUUAAUGUUCUAGAGGGACGUUUUAAAUAGAAAGUGAAACAUUGUCUUUUCGUUUCUGUUUCGAUCAAAGUAUCUUAAAGUGGAUAUAAGUAGCUCUCCAGCUCGGUGACGGCUGGACAGAGUUUCUUAAUUUCUCAAGCUCAGUGACAUUUGUGCUGAUUAGCUCUUACUAUCACAGAGGUAGCUGUUGUACACAAGACAUUUCAAUCCAAUGAUAUGAUCGCCUUUGGAAGGGGUUUUCCUUUUCUCUGUUGGGAUAGUUCACCGUCAGCAGGAUUCCUGCUUACCUGCCCAAAGACCAAAAUUCAAUGCUACGAAAUGAAUCUUUACAUACAUAUACAAGCUGAGGCCGCUGUCAACCGAGAACAGAAUAAAACUGGGAAAAAUUGCCUCCAGAUCACAAGAUCUACAAGGACUGAAUUAUCCAUAUGUUCUCUGUAAUCCUACAUCAUUCACUCUUCCAUCUGCUCAAUUCUGUAUUAACUGGAUAAAAUGGGACAGACAAGGAGGACUCGCAGGGAAAGCAACUCAACUUGCUUUUUAAAAGAGCAUCAUUUCCACAUGAGAUUGAAUCUUUUUUUAAUUAGAUUCACAUUUAUGGCAAAUGUAUUACUUUACCAUAGAGGUGGAAGGUGGUGCAACUGGACAAAGAUGAAAUGGGUUUGUUUUCACCACAUUUGGUCAACGAUGUAUGGUGUGUAGGAAUCAGCCACAAUGAAUGGAAAUGCUCAGCUCUUGACAUGGCAAGUUGAAGAAAUGUGACCUUGAAAUGAAAGCCUUUUUUUUUUUUAAACCAUGAAAGGAAUAGAAAUGUAGUCCCCAAAACCAACUUCUGUCAUCAAUCCUCCUCAGUUACAGAAAUGCCUAUUAUGCCUAUGCAUGUAAUUUCAUUUGUAGCCUUUUUAUGUCAUGGUUCUAAUCAUAAAUCAUACUUUAAAAUCAGUCACCAAAUGAUUACAUUCCAUUUUUGACCUGCCAUAAGGUCCUUGUAAGUAGUUCUGAUCAUAGCCCUCUCCCGCCCCGAUGUUGCCUCAUUCAUGUCAAGUUCUUGUCUUGACCCAUCAUAUGUAACGCUUCAUGAUUUCUAAGCCUAACAGGUGCACUUUAUCAAGAUCACAUGACAUUUCUGAUCAUUGGGGAGAAUGUGGAGUCAGCAGAGGGACGGCCAGGUAGUGGGGCCUCUUUAAGUAUUGUUAAAUUGUACAGAUAAAUGUGUGAUAUUUUUGACCACUACAACUGUUUUGUACUUUAAUGCAGUUUGUGCUUGUCAUUGUGACAAACCUAAAUCUUGCCUCUGUUAAUCUUUUAUGCACAUUGUUUAAUCUUUUAUGCACAUUGUAUUGUAUCUGUAUGCUCAGAUAUCUAGCCCGUCUCUCCCUGGUGUAUUCUUUUAGAGAAAGGGAGGACAACUUUACAUAAAGGUCAUCAAAAAUCAA